AGAUGGCCCAGCUCCAGGAGAACAUCAAUGGCAUCAUCACUACCUUCUAUGCCUAUGCCAGCAGUGACGGCGACUGCAGAACGCUGAGCAGAGGGGAGCUGCGGCAGCUCAUCGAGCAGGAGUUUGAGGAUGUGAUCAUGGAUGCCCGGGAUCCCAGAACUGUUGAGAAGGUGUUGCUCUUCCUGGAUGAAGACAGCAGUGGCAAGGUUGACUUUAAUGAGUUCCUCAACCUGGUUUUCCGCGUGGCCAGGGCUUGCCACAGGCAACUCCAGCAUUACCUGGAUGCAGAAGAUGAUCAGGAGCUGACUGUGCAGGAGGAGGCAGAUGGGGAGCAGCACCACAAGCAGGUCCUGGAGGAGGGGGUGAGUGGACAGGUGCAGGAGGGUGGGACACCCCAAAAGGAUCAGGACACCCAGCAGCACCAGGAGGGUAAGGAACCAAAGAAGCACCAAGGCACCCAACAGAAUAAGGGAGAUGGGACACCAAAGAACCAGGACACCCAAAAAAUUGAGAAGAGUGAGACACCAAAGGUUCAAGAAACUCAAAAGACUCAGGAGGUUGAGGCACCAAAGAACAACCAAGGCACCCAACAGAAGCAGAAGAACGAGACACCAAAGGAAAUCCAUCAGGAUGACAGGGCCAAGGCACAAGAAGAGGGUCCAAAAAGAGGUGAAAAUGUGGUCACUGAGACCUCAGAGAAGGACAGAAAUACCCCAAAAGCUGAAAAAACACCAAAACAUGACCCCACACCCCAUCAGGACAAAAUCACCGAGACACCAAAGCUAGGACAGAGCCAUCACCAGAGGCAAGAGCUGGAUACAGCAGAGCACAGCCACACUUCUCCCACCAAGACAUCAGAAAGAACCGUGGACAAGACCAAGGACCAUGCAGCCCAUCGGCAGGACCCCAGCCCCAAAAGGACCCAAGAGCUGCCACCUCCAGUGAGCGGCACAAGCCCCCACCCAGAUCCCCAGGCCUCCUCAGGGAUCCAGCAUAACCCAGCUCACCUUCCUGACCCCACAGUGACGGUGCGAGAAGGCAGUGGAGUUGAGGUUGAACGUGUCCCAGGACAACAGCAACAUGGGGCUCAUGGCAAAGGAAAACAUGCGGCAGAGCAAGAGCACCUGCAGCCUCAGUGGCCUCCAAAGAAGUAAGAGCUGCACUGAGCCCAGUGCAAUUGUGGCUAUUAGUGCCAGCAAGGUGGGAUAUUUUGUCCAGUGCCAUUUGUUAUAUCUUGUCCAAUCUUUUCUUAACCCUGGGCUUGCACCCCCAGCUUGUACUGAACUAUUCCUGGCUUGAGACCUUCUCUCUUAUCCUGUAUUAAGCUACCUCUGCCUAUCUAAGCAAAGCAAUAAAACU